UUUACAUUUGUAGGAUACAUCUCCACUCUGUCAAGCCAAGAAGACAACAACACGACCCACCCGACAACAACCACAUUAAACAAGGGUGCUCGGUUAGGGCAAAUAACCGGUAAUGAGAGGACACACUUGUUUAUAACGACUCUAGGAGCAGAAAUGCACAAGGUGGAGAUGUGGCUCAUUGGUUUGUCUACUGAGGAGUGUGACAGCGUCUUAAAGGGCUCCUGUGGGGCUUUGUGUAUCUAAGACGUGUGGAGGCAGACGGACAAGGAGCGGCAGCAUCUUCCAACACCUUUGUCCUCACAAAUGUAGGCUUGACAGCGCAGGAUGGGUCUACCUGUGGACAGCCCAGACAGAAAUGAUGAUGCACAUAAAUAUGAGCAGCAAGGAGAAGGAGAGGAUGGCAAAAGCCAAACUAAAGCCUGCACCCGCACCCCGCCGCCCAUUAACAAGAAGAGGAGUAAAAGCAAGAAGAGACUGUGGAUCAACAUCACCAACUGCAAAUAUGAAAGUGUGCGGCGUGCUGCUUGUAGAUACGGCCUCAGGGAGGCGAUGGAGGGUGACGACUGGACACUUUUCUGGACCGACUGCUCUGUGUCUCUAGACCGUGUUAAAGACAUGAAGCUUUACCAGAAAAUAAACCAUUUCCCAGGGAUGAGUGAGAUCUGUCGCAAAGAUUUACUGGCAAGAAAUAUGAACCGUAUGCUCAAGCUUUUCCCCAAAGACUACAAUAUCUUCCCCAGAACGUGGUGCCUUCCUGCAGAUUAUAGUGACUUCCAAGCUCACAACAGGGCCAAAAAGAGCAAGACAUAUAUCUGUAAGCCCGAUACCGGUUGCCAAGGCAAAGGCAUCAUCAUCACCAAGUCAAGUAAAGAUAUUCCACCUGGAGAACAUAUGAUCUGCCAGGUUUACAUCUCCAGGCCUUUCAUAAUCGACGGAUACAAAUUCGACAUGCGUAUCUACGUCCUGGUGACAUCAUGUGACCCAUUCAGCAUAUUCAUGUUCAAGGAGGGACUGGCUCGCUUCUGCACCACCAAGUACAACGAACCAACACACGGCAAUGUGGAGGAUGUGUGUAUGCAUCUCACCAACUACUCCAUCAACAAGAACAGCGAGAAUUUUGUCCGUGACGAAGACAAAGGCAGCAAACGAAAGCUGUCCACCAUGAACAAGCUCCUGGAAGCCAUCAGCUGCAACACAGACAAGAUGUGGAAUGACAUUGAGGAUGUGAUCAUAAAGACGAUGAUCUCUGCUCACCCAAUCCUAAAGCAUAAUUACCACACAUGUUUCCCAAACCACACCACCGGCAGUGCCUGCUUCGAGAUCCUGGGCUUUGAUGUGCUGCUUGAUCAACGGCUCAGACCCUGGGUGCUUGAGGUGAAUCACUCCCCAAGUUUUACCACCGACUCGCAGCUUGACCACGAAGUGAAGGACGCGUUGCUGUACGACACCCUGGUUCUCAUCAAUUUAGGCGCUUGCGACCGCCGUAAGAUCACCAAAGAGGAGAGACGUAGGGUGAAGGACAGGCUGCAGCAAAACAGCACCAGAGAGGCCAGGUCGGAGGAGCUACGUCAGUGCCAGGCAGCCACAGUGAAGCAGAUGGAGAAGUAUGAAGCCAAACACCUGGGAGGCUUCAAGAGGAUCUAUCCCAGAGAGGGAGGGGAGAAAUACGACAAGUACUUCAAACACAGCAGCUCGCUGUUUCAGGAGACCGCAGCGUCCAAGGCCAGAGAGGAGUGUUCCAGGCAACAACAGCAGGAGCUGCGUCUGAAGCAGGAGCAGAAGGAGAGAGACCAGAGGGGAGGCCGGAGGAGAGACCUGCAGGGGGAGACGGCGGGGGAGAGAUUCAAACCUCGACGAGCACAAACACAACACCCCCACUCAGAUUCUGACCCACAGCCACUCCCUCUGUCCAGUGUUUCAGUGGAUCCAGAAGCUACAGAAGUCAGAGAGGAGAAGCAGGAGGAGGAGGAGAAGGAGGCAGACAUGGAGGAGCGCGUCAACGCUACUGAAAAGAAACUACUACAGGAUCUCGGGGUGGUGGACCAGAUCCACCAGCUGCUGCAGGGCCGGACAGACUCAGGGGGAGUCCUGCAGGACGCCUGCAGCCAGCAGCAGAGUAAACAGCCUUAUCAGAGACAACAGAUGAAGUUGGACUCUUUGGCACACUUUUCCCAAAGAACAAAGCAGCAGCCCUGCUCUCAGAUCUCACGGCAGCACAUCCACUCCCACAUGACUCAGCAGUGUCUCCUCCGGCCCACGAUGGAGUCUGAGGCCGAGAGCCACAACAGAGCAGAGGGAGAAACGAGCAGCACCAUCAGUGCCCAGCGAACACACUGGCCAGUCUGUGGCUCUCUGGCUGUCAGGCAGGACACCAGGAGAAGCUCCCUCACCGAUGCCCGGUCCCAUCCCAGCAUCCCGAUCAAAAACCAUCACGUCCCUUUAAGAGGCCUGCGUUACAUGUCCCACGACCCCGCAGCCCUGCAGAGCCUGCUCGUCAUCUCAACUCGCGUCUCCCUGGUCAGGAGGCCUGUCUUCUCUCACAUGGUCCACAACUCCUCCCGCAGAGCCCCCCAACAGCAGCACAGUAAAGGGCAGUAA